UCCGUGGUGAAGAAUAGCUGUGCUGCUUCACGUGUAUGAAACAAAACACACACACACACACAGGGUCAGUGGACAUGUCUGCUGUGCAACGGAGACAGUGAAGAAGCAGCGUCUCCUCCUCUUCAUCAGCGGCUCCGACACACACGGUCCAAGUCCCAGGGACAUUCACGAACAUCCGGUGGACUCCGUCUGGUGAGACAUGGCAGAGGGCGACUUUGACCCUUGUGAGUGCAUCUGCACACAGGAGUACGCUAUGAGACGUCUCAUCAACCUGCUGAGGCAAUCUCAGUCGUACUGCACAGACACUGAAUGUCCUCAGGAAUUGCCAAGUCCCAGCGGGCCGCUCGGAGGGGGAGGAGGAGGGGACCUGAUCCUCCCCAUGGUAAUGAUGGGAUGGGUGGUCGUGGCUCUGGUCCUGUUCCUGCUGCGUCCAUCUAGUCUCAGGGGACCACGUUCCACAGGCAAACCCACGGGACCCCACAAUAGCGAUGGAAGGGAGCCCCCAGCACCUCCCAUUGACUAGCAGUGGAGCCAGACAACCAUGACUCCUCCACCUGCUCUGACUGGAAGUGCACAGUUAUCUGCUAUCUGUGACCAAGACAGCGCCAUCUCCCUGUCCCUUCAUACCGAUAUCUUUAGCCUUUUUUUCGAACUGCUCAGCGUUGUUGGGUAAAUCUGUCUUUGAUUCUUGUUAGUAGAUCCCGACUGAUACUCGGUUGAUAAAGCGUUUGAUGAUAUAAUGAUCAAUAUUCAAUUCUUACUCAAUAACACAACAUGAACCAUUGUGACAGUUAUUUUUCAGCUUUGGUCUUUUUUUUAAAUCGUCAUAGAAACUUUCAUAAUAACCAAAAAACAUAUAAUCUUAUUACAAAAACUUAAAUUGAAAGAAAGUUAGUUUUGCAUAUCUUCUGACAUACGUAUGUUAGUACAAUGUACCAGAUAAUAUUGGUCAACAAUAUCAGCAUGUUUAUGAAUCAGUUGGGUUCUACAUUGUACCUCAACAUACCUUUAAUCAGGAGGUGUGGCAGACUUCUGUGUCGAUCCCAGAUCUAAGACUGAUCCUCAAACAACUGAGAUGUGAGAUGAAGGCAUGUGUCUCACGGGAUGCGGGUUGAAAAGGGAGGUAGCAGUGUAUUUUUGGUGGGCGGAUAAAUUGAUGUUUGGCUGAGUUAUGAAGGGUCACGGGUCCUUUACAUUCUCUGAAACAUUCCUCUAAUUCCACUUGAAAGUCUUUGCACAGUGCCAGUAGUGAUGUCAUAUCCCAUUUCACAGCACAUUCAAACCAGCACAAGUAACUCUGGGUCAGGAUUUAGUUUUCAAAUAACAUAACACAUUGAUUUUAAUGUAACACCUUCUUUUGUCUUUUCAUCCAGUCUACAAGAUCACCUGAAAAUAGCAGACUGGUGCAGGUGAAAACGCUAUGAGAGUGGUGAGAGUGAACAAAACAGAAAAGUUUUCAACCAAACAGCUAAAAAAUGAAACUCUUUAAAUUGAAAGGGAGCUGUAGAUUCAGGGGAUAAUUCUGUGUAUGUUCAUCACUACAACAAACCCCUCACAGUCUUCACGUUUUCAUUUGAUACAUUUAUAUCAUAGAAACACUAGAGCCACUUUAAGUAUCUGAUUAUUUGAUGCACAAAAUAGUUUUUCCCUUUCACUCUCAUUUUCAGGCAAACAGGGUUUAAUGGGUCUCUUAAUUGUAACACUAAAAUCAGCACAAGCAAAAUCAGUUUUAACCAUGAAGAUAAUCUGUGUACUGGAAUACUUUUGUUGAUAAAUUAAGAAAAUGAUUAUUGUAUACUGACGUAUCAUUUUUAUUAGCACUUUUGCUGCGGUAUCUUGAUUGUGAAGGUGUAUUGAAAGAUGAAGGCCUGUUCUUCUUCUCAGCAGUUUGUGAUUACUGGGAGCGAUCCAUAGUUUAUACUUCAUAAAUAUACGUCAAACCAGUAGAAAGGAUAGAAACGAGAAGAUGCAUUAUCAAACUGUGCCAAUGUCACGUGCCCAUCUUAGAGAACAGCUUUUUGUGACUGGACCAUAAUAUUUUAGGUCAGAUUUAUUUUAGAUUCAUGUCAGGGACAAUAAAAUCAUCUGCAGCUGGAUUUUCUGAGACUUUUUCUGUUUUUAGCAUGGUUUAUGUUACAGGGUUAUUUUAUCUUACAUCUGUAAAUCUUGUUCUAAAGCUGCUCUGCUUAAUUAGUUAUUGAUUUUACAUCUAUAUGACUUUAAUGGAGGUGUUUCAGUUAAAGGUGAAGUGAACAGAAUAAUAGAAACCCCUUAAUGCACCAACACACUCAUAUGGGUGCGCGUGUACAACAGUGCAACAGCAACAUAAACUGAAGCCUCAAAGUUUUGGGCUUUGAAACAAUCUUAAGAUAGAUUUUCUGUUUUUUUUGUCACUGUAUUAUAUGAAGGUCUGUUAUGCCCCAGUCACGGGAACAUUGUUGAUAUUGUGUAUCUCGGUCUUACUCUCCAUCGUAUGAUAUCAGAAAUUAGUGUCUUUUGAAUCUGGCCAUGAACUGGAACAACUGUGGGAUCCCAACUUUCUUCAGUGGCUGGCUACUCUUCAUUUUCAAGUCAAUUUCUUUUGUUUUUUGAUAGAUAUUUCUAGACUUUGGGGCUUUCUUUCUAGACUCAGAUAUGACAGGGAGGAGAUAGAGGGAAAAUCUUCGACAAACCACAAGUAGUCAUAAAUACAGAAGGGGGAAGCCCAUGGGGAAGUAAAUGGUUGAGAUGAACACCUGGAUGAUCUGGUAUCAGAGGAGAUCUUGAUUUACACUGUCAAUCUUGAAGAGUAAAAGGGCUUCAACUAUGCACUUUUCCUAUAACAAAACAAAAAAUAAAAUAAAAAAUCAGUCUUA